GCACCAGCUUUGGUGAGGGCACCAUGAGGGGCUGCGGGGCCCGGCUGGUUUGGCUGCUGGUGCUGGAGCUGGCCUGGCUGGGACCAGUGUUGCGGGGCGAGGAGAAGGAUGGGGAGAUGGAGGUGGAGGAGGAAGAUGAAAUGCUCUCAGAUGAGCUCGGGGAGGAGGAUGGUGUCCUGGUGCUGCACGAAUACAAUUUUGCCCGUGCCCUGAGUGAGCACCGGCUUCUGCUGGUGGAGUUCUACGCGCCCUGGUGCAGGCACUGCCAGCGGCUGGCCCCUGCCUACACCCAGGCAGCUGUGGCGCUGAGGAACGAGUCCAGCCCGGCACGGCUGGGCAAGGUGGAUGCCACAGCACAGACAGCCCUGGCCAAGGAGUUUGGCAUCACCUCCUACCCCACACUCAAGCUCUUUCGUGACGGCAACCGCACCCACCCCAUCGACUACACCGGCCGCAUGGACAUGAAGGGCAUCGUGGGCUGGAUGCAGCGUCGGGCCAGCCCCAGCGCCAUGCUGCUGCAGGACACUGACACCGCCAGCACCUUCAUCAGCUCCCAGGACCUGGUGGUCGUCGGCUUCUUCAAGGACCUGGGGGGCGAGGCAGCCCAGGUGUUCUACGAGGUGGCCAUGGAGAUGGUGGAUGUGCCAUUUGGUGUGGCUGAGGCGACCGAGCUCUUCCAGGCGUACGGGCUGUCGGCCGACACCGUCUGCCUCUUCAAGUUCAACGAGGGUCGGACAGACUUCCCCGUGGACCCAGCACAGGGGCUGGAUGCGGCUGAGCUCACCCAGCUGAUCCGCGCCCACAGCCUGGAGCUGGUGGUGGAGUUCACCAGAGAGACCUCCGACCAGAUCUUCAGUGCCAAGAUCCCACACCACAUGCUGCUCUUCCUCAACAAGUCAUCGUCGGCACAGCUGGCACUGCGGGAUGGCUUCCAGGCGGCUGCUGGUGCCUUCAGGGGCAAGGUGCUGUUCGUGGUGGUGGAUGUGACCGGGGAUGGAGCCAACGUCCUGACCUUCUUUGGCAUGACCCCCGCUGAUGCCCCCACCCUACGCCUAGUCAAGAUGAAGAACAACCGCAAGUACCGCAUGGAGCAGGAUUCCUUCUCGGACACAGCCAUAAGCACCUUCAUCCAGGCUGUGCUGGACGGCAAAGUGAAGCCCCACCUGCUGAGCGCGGAGCCACCCGAGGACUGGGACACGCGGGCUGUUAAGGUGCUGGUGGGUCAGACCUUCGAGCAGGUGGCGUUUGAUGAGACCAAGAGCGUCUUUGUCAAGUUCUAUGCACCGUGGUGCUCCCACUGCCAGGCGAUGGCGGCGGCCUGGGAGGAGCUGGGGGAGCGCUACAAGGACCACGAGGACAUCAUCAUCGCCGAGUUGGAUGCCACGGCCAACGAGAUGGAGAACGUCACCAUCACCAGCUUCCCCACCCUCCACUACUUCCCCGCGGGGCCAGGCAGGAAGAUGGUUGAGUUCAAGGGCUCCCGCGACGUGGAGACCUUCUCCAAGUUCCUGGAAAACGGGGGAAUGCUGCCUGAGGAGCCACCUGUGGUGCCCAAGACCCCUGAGAAUGGCACAGGCAGCAAGGAGCAGAGCGCAUCCCGGGAUGAGCUGUGAGCCCUGUCCCACUCC